AUGUUCCUGCUGCUGCCUUUCGACAGCCUGAUUGUCAACCUCCUGGGCAUCUCCCUGACGGUCCUCUUCACCCUCCUCCUGGUUUUCAUCAUCGUCCCUGCCGUUUUCGGAGUCUCCUUUGGUAUCCGAAAGCUCUACAUGAAAACUCUGUUAAAGAUCUUUGCGUGGGCUACCUUGAGGAUGGAGCGAGGCGCCAAGGAGAAGAACCACCAGCUCUACAAGCCCUACACCAACGGAAUCAUUGCAAAAGACCCCACAUCACUGGAGGAAGAGAUCAAAGAAAUCCGCCGGAGCGGGAGCAGUAAGGCCCUGGACAACACUCCCGAGUUUGAGCUCUCGGACAUUUUCUACUUCUGCCGGAAAGGAAUGGAGACCAUCAUGGACGAUGAGGUGACCAAGAGGUUCUCGGCAGAGGAGCUGGAGUCCUGGAACCUGCUGAGCAGGACCAAUUACAACUUCCAGUACAUCAGCCUGCGGCUCACCGUGCUGUGGGGCUUGGGCGUGCUCAUCCGCUACUGCUUCCUGCUGCCGCUCAGGGUAGCUCUCGCCUUCACGGGGAUCAGCCUCCUGGUGGUGGGCACAACGAUGGUGGGGUACCUGCCAAACGGGAGGUUCAAGGAGUUCCUGAGCAAGCACGUUCACCUCAUGUGCUACCGGAUCUGCGUGCGUGCGCUGACGGCCAUCAUCACCUACCAUGACAGGAAGAACCGGCCUAGAAACGGCGGCAUCUGCGUGGCCAACCACACGUCUCCCAUUGACGUCAUCAUCCUGGCCAGCGAUGGCUAUUACGCCAUGGUGGGACAGGUGCACGGCGGCCUCAUGGGGGUCAUCCAGAGAGCCAUGGUCAAGGCCUGCCCCCACGUCUGGUUCGAGCGCUCCGAGGUGAAGGACCGCCACCUGGUGGCCAGAAGGCUGACCGAGCAUGUGCAGGAUAAAAGCAAGUUGCCCAUCCUCAUCUUUCCAGAGGGAACCUGCAUCAAUAACACAUCAGUGAUGAUGUUCAAAAAGGGAAGUUUUGAAAUUGGAGCCACAGUUUACCCCGUUGCUAUCAAGUACGACCCGCAGUUUGGGGACGCCUUCUGGAACAGCAGCAAGUACGGGAUGGUGACCUACCUGCUCAGGAUGAUGACCAGCUGGGCCAUCGUCUGCAGCGUGUGGUACCUGCCCCCGAUGACCAGACAGGCGGAGGAGGACGCGGUCCAGUUUGCCAACAGGGUGAAGUCCGCCAUCGCCAGGCAGGGCGGCCUGGUGGACCUACUGUGGGACGGCGGCCUGAAGCGGGAGAAGGUGAAAGCCACGUUCAAGGAGGAGCAGCAGAAGCUGUACAGCAAGAUGAUCGUCGGUACCCAGGAGGACCGCAGCCGGUCCUGA